UCACUCGCCCGUCAGCUGCUGAGCCUUCAGGAGCUUCUGCACCAGCUCCGUCUGGAACCUUCUCAUCUUCUACAUUUCAGUGUCUCAGCAGUGAGUCGUCUUCAGGUGGACGGAGGAGGACGAUGUCCCACAUCCAGAUGGAGACCAGGUCCAACGGAGCCUCCACACACCGGCCCUCAGACCCGGGCCGACCGCAGCAUGGGGCCACCGUCAGCUUCCACGACAUCUACUACAAGGUGUCUCAGGGAGGACGAUGCUUCAGCCGGAAGAAAGUCCCGAGCAAAGACAUCCUGAUCGACCUGAAUGGGAUCAUGAAGCCCGGACUGAACGCCAUCAUGGGAGCGACAGGAAGCGGCAAGUCAUCCUUCCUGGACGUGUUGGCGGCGAGGAAGGAUCCCUGCGGCCUGUCGGGGGAGGUCCUGAUCGACGGAGCUCCUCAGCCUCCAAACUUCAAGUGUCUGUCAGGAUACGUGGUGCAGGACGACGUGGUGAUGGGAACUCUGACGGUGAGAGAGAACUUCACCUUCUCUGCCGCGCUGAGACUCCCCUCCUCCAUCAGCGCCCAGGACAAGGAGCAGAAAGUCAACAGAGUGAUCCAAGAGCUGGGGCUGAGCCGGGUGGCCGACUCCAGGGUGGGCACUCAGCUGAUUCGUGGGAUCUCCGGCGGCGAGAGGAAGAGGACGAACAUCGGCAUGGAGCUGAUCAUCGACCCCCCCGUCCUCUUCCUGGACGAACCCACCACCGGCCUGGACGCCAGCACCGCCAACUCGGUCCUACUGCUGCUCAAGAGGAUGGCGAACAACGGUCGCACCGUCAUCUUGUCCAUCCACCAGCCGCGUUACUCCAUCUACCGUCUGUUCGACAGCCUCACGCUGCUGGUCACCGGCAAGCAGGUUUACCACGGCCCUGCGCAGAGCGUCCUGGAGUAUUUCUCAGAUAUCGGGUACACCUGUGAGCCGCACAACAACCCCGCAGACUUCCUCCUCGACGUCAUCAACGGAGACGCCACGGCGGCCAUCGGCCACAGCGUGGAUAAAGAAGAUUCGGACUCGGUGUCGAAGUCCAGACAAAGUAUCGAGGACAAACUGGUGGAGGAGUACAGGAGCUGCCAGUACUCCCAGCAGACCAGAGCCGAACUGGGAAGGCUCGUCCAGGGGAAGCAGACGGUGAAGAUGUCUCGCUCCAGAACCAUCACGUACAGCACCGGCUUCCUGACCCAGUUCCGAUGGGUUCUGAAGAGAACCUUCCAGAACCUGCUGCUCAACCCUCAGACCUCCGUGGCUCAGAUCGCUGUCACCUUGUUCCUCGCUCUGAUCGUAGGAGCCAUCUUCUACAACGUCCAGGAGGACCAGAGUGGAAUGCAAAACAGGGUCGGAGCUUUGUUCUUCGUCGUCAUCAACCAGUGUUUCAGUUCCCUGUCGGCCGCCGAGCUCUUCAUCGCCGAGAGGAAACUCUUCAUUCAUGAGUACACCAGUGGUUACUACCGUCUGUCCGUCUACUUCCUGUCCAAGCUGCUGUCGGACAUCCUCACUCUGAGGACCAUUCCUGCCAUCGUCUUCAGCUGCGUGGCCUACUUCCUGAUCGGUCUGAAGCCCACCCCCGAGGCCUUCUUCCUCUUCAUGUUCACCGUCAUGCUCGUGGCGUACACCGCCACCUCCAUGGCUCUGGCCAUCUCCGCCGACCAGACGGUGGUGGCCAUCGCCAACAUCUUCAUGACCAUCACCUUCGUCUUCAUGAUGAUCUUUGCUGGCCUCCUGGUGAACAUUCCCUCCAUCGCCAGUUGGCUCGCCUGGUUGAGGUACUUCAGUAUUCCCAGAUAUGGUCUGAGUGCUCUGCAAGCGAACGAAUUCACUGGACUGAACUUCUGUCAGGGACUCAACACCACCCUCAUCCCACCUGGACUCGCGUGCACGGGGGAGGAGUUCCUGGCCCGGCAGGGUGUGGAUUAUUCCACGUGGGGUUUGUGGCAGAACCAUUUGGCUCUGGGCAUCAUGACCAUCCUCUUCCUCACCAUCACUUACCUCAAGCUACACUUCAUCAAGAAGUUCUCCUAGACCUUCAUCAUCAUCAUCAUCAUCACUGCCCCCAGGGGGCCAUGUAAUCACUGCCUUAUUAUCACGUCUCUGUUUUGAUUCAGUCGAGAAAACAGCUGUUCAGUUGUUUGUAAAAUGAUUGUUUCUUGUAUAUAGAUAAUAAUAAUAAUAAUAAUGAAAAGUAUUUACACAGCACCUUUCAUUCUUUAUUGUUAUUCACUCCGUAUCAACAUGUAUCACUUUUGAACGAUUGAUCGAUUUUUAGUCAUUAUUGAGACUAAGACGAUUUCACUUAUGAUUUUUUUAUAAUAAAAUAUUUGAAUCUAA